AUGUCGGUUCCAGAUGCCCCGAAGGCAUUAUCACCUCCAGGCCCAUCUUGGCUUCUCCGUGGUUCUAAUCAGGAGCGACACAGUCAAGUUGUCUCCAAGCUCCUGGCAAAGAACGACAGACUGGAUCCGGAUGGAGUUGAAGCUCUCUUCGACCUCGCUAGGAAUGCGACAAUCCGACAACUGCUGGCUCUGAACAAGAAACCGCCCGCUAUCUCGGAAUCAUACUUCUCCUGGCUGGCCGAUAAGAUGGUCUGGACACGCUUCGUUCCUGACGAGCUAUUUACUUUUGAGGAACCGCAGCUAUCUCCCGGUCUCUUCCUGCACCCAUCGGUGGAGUAUGCCACCGCUCUCCUAAGCCAUAAGUCAAAGCAAAGAGAGCUAAUGCUCCAAGCUGCUGCCGGAAGCACAACCGAGCCGAAUCCAAGAUGGCGGUUCAAAAAGAUCGGGUCCCCAACCGAGCGGAUGAAGCUCAUGAGGGAUGUCCUGCACCGGGACUCGUGGCCUGCUAUCACCAAGACAAGACAUCUGACGAUCAGGAGUCCCUUUGGCCUCACACUUCACAGUAGCCUGUGGAACAACAAUGUCGGCCAACUCAAAAGGAUUCUGCCUGGCUCACAGACACUUCCUGCUGUACUCUGCCCCUGGGGUCGUGAUUCACCCUUGCGACUGGAGGUUACUAGCUCGGCUUUAGCUCGUGGCUUCUUGGAUCUUGUCUUACUGCUUGAUGGCGAAUCAACCGAACGCAUCUGCGGCGCUGUAGCUGAGCAGUUUAUAUCAGGAUACAUGUUCCUGCUCAAAUGGUACCUCAACAUUUGUUGCCCAGCUCAGGGUGAGCACCCGGUCGGCGUCAAUCUGUAUGCUGCCGUUAUAUAUCAGCGGGAGAAGGCGUUCGGUCACCCGUACGAUAAAGCCUACAGCUGGGUAGACAAUCCGCUCGAUCUCAAAAUUAUGCAUGAGCAACUUGCCCGUGCAGAAACUUUGCUAUGGCUGAAUUGGCAGAAAGUAGCCGAGACCGCCUACUCGACGUCAGAGAUAAGCAAGGCGAAUACAUUCGAGGCGGCAAAAGCAGCCAUAUACAAAGCUGCUGACUGCAGUUUCAUGUCGGGGAUCAAGAGAGAGCACGCCCUGCUACUGCUUCACGAGAUCUGGCAGCGCAGGGGUUCGUUCCUCGAUCGGUUCGAAAUAGAGAAAGAGUACGAUCGUCUCGUUACCGACUACCUCCUUCCGGACGUCGUCUCCACACUCGACAACUUCUUUGACAUCAACGAAAUGCCAGAGAAGAUGCGUGAGUGGGCAGCAGCAAAUCCGUUCGAUAUCAAACGAAAGGAUACGGAGCAAUUGUGCGAGCUUAUGUGGAGGGCAUGGAGGCAGCGCAUGGCGGGCUUUGAGGAGAAACAAAAAAAGGUUCUCUUUAUGUAUCAAGUGCAACAUGCUCGGAAGAUGUACCGAGAAUAUCUCGCUGAGCUCAAGCUUUGUGGCAAGGGGGUGGAUGAGUUGAAAGAGUUUGUUUCCAAGAACGAAGCACGAUUCUUUCUGUCGGAAGAACUUCGUUUGCAGUUGGCGCUUGACGAGUACGAGAAGCAGCUUGACGCUCCAGCACUUGAUGUGUGCCAAAAGGAGGGUGAGGAGAAGAUGGAGGCUUCCCAAAAUGACAAGCAGGAGAAAGAUGCCGAGCGGGAGCACAAUGAAAAUGGGACCGCGCCCCCUGAACGACAACCAGAGUAA